UCAGUGAUAUUAUAAUUUAUAAACAUUAUUUUCAAUUUAUUAAUUUUAACAAGAGGAAUUUAUAUAUGUUGCUACGUAGUUUCUAUAAAAUAAAGCUGUGUGAAUGGAGAUGGGGAUAUAUUCGUUCAAGUUAUUGCACUAGUAAUGAUAACCUAAAAAGUCUAUGCAAGCUUCUUAAAAUAAGUGAGAGCAAGGGCAAACUUCUACAAAUGAAAUACCCAGUAAUAAAAAAAUUAGAUGAUGAUAAACUCGAGAGUAUAGUACAGACAGUAUACGACUUAGGAUACCCUACAAAAGUCCUUGUAAGUGAGCCGUCACUUUUUAGUAUACUUCCUAUUACAUUAAAGUUUCGAUACGAGGUUCUCAAAGAAUGUGGAAUAACCGAAGUAAGUAUGAAUAACUUAAUCUCAUAUUUAAAAAUAAUCAGGCAUAAAAAAGUUGGAGAUUUAAAGAGAGAGGGGCUAAUUGUACCAUCACUAAAUGUGGAAAACAAACUUGCCAGCUGUUUGACACAGUGGCCAACAUCACUCACUACUUUGGUACUGGGUGAUUAUAAUGAAUAUACAUUAUUUUCAUUGAGACUGAAGAUUAUCCAGAGAUACUUGGAGCUUAUGUUAGAUGUCACGCAAGAAGAAUUUGUUCGAGGAUUAGAGACAUAUCCAACACUUAAACAUCGACCUUUAAAAGCUAUAAACGAAACAUUAAUAAUAUUACAGAGAGACAUUGCUAUGUCUAUAGAGAAAAUUAAAUCUAAUUUUUAUUUGAUACAUGCAAAUCCUGAUAAUCUGAAAGAAAUAAUUUACAGCUUUAGGUCUAUAGGUGGAAUAAGUAUUAAAGAAAUCAUAAGAAUGCAUCCAAAGAUUGCUAUGAAGAAUGUUAAUACAUUGAGAGAGAUCAGACAAUUGCUAGAUGAGUUUGGAGUAAGCCCUGAAGCACAGAUUAGAUGUCUUCAACUAUUCACACUGAGUCCCGCUACCAUUAGAGAAAGAUUACAAAAAGCCAAAGAAAUACCUGAGUUAAAUGCAUUCUAUAAUCACCCAAGAUUUUUAAAAGUUAUUCAUUAUAACAAUACAGCACUAAACAGAAUUAUGAAGCUAUAUAAAAUGGACAAGAAGUGUCUGAGUCUGAACAUUAUAUCAGGCAGUAAUGCUCAUUAUGAGGUGUUCGAAAAAGCUCCUGGUGAUCGCCUCGGUAAAGGAAAGGACUUAGUCUUUUGUAUUAGUCAAGCGAUGGGUAAAAAGUAUAGCGCUAGCAAAAUACGUAACAUGAUAAAGAGACACCCAUUUUGGAUCAAUGUCCCCCUUGUUCAAGUUAAAUAUGUUUAUGAUCAGUUAAGUGUAGAUUACUCUACCGAUGAUAUUUAUGAAAACUGUCCCAUUCUUCUAUAUCCCUGGAGCAAAAUUAAAGAAACUACAAAUUUGCUUAAUAGGGCAGCUAAAACACCAACUCAUGCUCUCAAAAUCUUACAGGAAGAUGUAGAUUUGAAAAGAAUAAGCAGCAAACAGAAACUAAGUUUAGUUCUGUAUUUACUAGAAAGAAAUCAUUAUUUCAGUGGAAACGGCAUCUGGACAGAUCAUCAACAAAAAAACUCAGACCACAAUAGUUUUAAUAUUGAUGUGAAAAAAGUUUAAUUUAUGAUUUGUUAUUAAAACACGUGUGUGUUUUAAUACGUGUAGAUAAAUCAGUAUCAUAA